UUUUAUUCCUUAGUCUUCUCUUCGCUUCUCCGAAUAGAAGGUUAAAGAAAAAUGUCGAAGAUAGUACAGCCGAUAGGGCAAAAGAGACUGACGAACGUGGCGGUAGUUCGUCUGAAGAAGCACGGGAUUCGCUUCGAAAUCGCUUGCUACAAGAACAAGGUCCUCUCUUGGCGUUCCGGCGUGGAGAAAGAUUUGGAUGAAGUGUUGCAGUCACAGACUGUUUAUUCAAAUGUCUCAAAAGGAAUUCUUGCCAAGUCCAAAGAUUUGAUUGCGGCCUUCGGUACUGAUGAUCAGAGUAAAAUCUGUUUGGAGAUUUUGGAUAAAGGGGAGCUUCAAGUCGCUGGGAAGGAGAGGGAAUCUCAGUUAUCGAAUCAGUUUCGGGAUAUUGCAACAAUUGUUAUGCAGAAGACCAUUAAUUCUGAAACUAAUCGCCCUUACACUAUCAGUAUGAUUGAGCGGCUUAUGCAUGAAAUUCAUUUUGCUGUUGAUCCUAAUAGCAGUUCGAAGAAGCAGGCAUUAGAAGUCAUCCGUGAGCUUCAGAAACAUUUUCCAAUAAAACGAUCUCCAAUGAGAGUACGACUCACGCUUCCAGGACAAAAUUCUUCUUCGCUUAUGGAGAAACUGAAUGCAUGGAAUGCUAGCAUUGUCUCGAAAGAUGAAUCUGGAAGUCAGCUGUCUAUUACGUGUGAACUGGAACCUGGUCUCUAUCGAGAUUGUGAUGCUCUACUGAGGAGUCUGCAGGGCAGGUUGGAAAUCCUCGCAGUGUCUGUGCAUGCAGAAGGGGAUACAAGUGUGGAUCAUUACGAUGAUCACGAGGAUGUUCCACCACACCAACCCAAGGCACCUGCUGAUGCUGUGCAACAACUGAGCGAGAGGAUUGAGAAACAAACUCUAGGGGAUGUAAAGCAAAACAAGUGUAGCACAUGCAAUGCUUAUGUGGGCGAUGCCAAGCAGUAUAGGGAUCACUUUAAGAGUGAAUGGCACAAGCACAACCUUAAACGCAAGACCCGGCAACUCCCUCCCCUCACUGCAGAAGAGUGCUUGGCUGACAUGGAAAUGGAUGACUCAAAAUCAGAUUUGAAGGACUAUUCAUUUUGAUAUGGACUCAUUUUGGCAUUGUAGGGGUGAGCAAUGUCUGCAUAGAGUUUUCUCUACACUUUUUUGAGGUGGUUUUAUUUGGGAUGUCAGCAAACUCGCAUGUAGAAUUUUAGACUGGCAAAAAUUAUAAACACUAUGAUAUAAAAAGAAUUUGUACUUAACUUUAGUUCACAAGGGCUGGGAAUUUGUAGAAAUGUGGAGUUAUUCCUGUAUUUUCAAUCAACUUUAUUUAAUGAGUAUUUAUAAAAUUGAUUAGAAAAGUCAUGGGUUA